AUGGCCGACGUCCACGUUGUCCUCACCGGUGCUCGCCGUUGUGAGCAGCAGCUUGCUGGACACGAUGGCAUUCUCCAAGGUGAGAUAGUGGUGGACAACAAGGCCGUGCAAGUUAUUGCCAAGCCGCUCCAUGCCCGCGAGGCCGCGUUCUAUGCUCAUCUCACGGGCCCAUCUCCUCCGGCCGACCUUGCUCGCUUUGUCCCGGACUGCUUUGCCGCCGGCCCGGUGACGGUCGCCAUGGCCAGCGGUGAGACGACGACAACCGAGCUGCUCGUCGUGGCUGACCUCCGCGGCGAGCUGGGCGGCCGGUAUGCGCUUGCUGAUUGCAAACUCGGCUUUCGUGAAGCAGCGCCGUUGGCCGUAACCUCGGCCGAGAAGACCGCCAUCCAGACAGCCAAAGCGCUUGGCACCACAUCGGCGACGCUGGGCGUUCGCCUGCUCGGCCUGCACGCUCCGCGACUCGACGGCUCGUGGGUCACUCGCGACAAGGCGUACGGAAGGUCGCUCGACUCGCCGGCAAGCUUGUCGGCCGCACUCGCCGGCGAUCUGCUCGGCUCGGCGUCGGCGGGGCAGCUGAAGCAGAUUCGGAGCCGGAUUGGCGAUCUCCGGGAUGCACUUGCCUCCACACACUCGGUCAAGCUCUUCUCAGCCUCAAUCCUCAUCGGGUAUGCGCCUGGCGGCUGCGCCGAUGACGUCACCGUCGCGUUGGUCGACUUUGCCAACUCACUCUGUGGCGUCACUGCCGACGACAGCUCGCUCGGCGUCGACCAUGACUCGGUUGACGCGCUCGGCGCCGUUCUCGACACCAUUGACGCGGCACGGCACGGGUACACCAUCGGGCGGGCACCUGUAGAUGCCGAUGCCGCCGCGCUGGCUGCCCUCGUCAAUGACGUCUACGUGGUCGCCGAGCGCGGGCUGUGGCAGCAAGGUUUCCAGCGGACCACCGCUGUCGAGAUAGAGGGUCUCAUCCGUGGCGACAAGCCAGAGACCCAGGUACUGAUGGCGGUAGGAAAUGCGAGCGCACGGCCGAUUCUCGGCAUUAUCGCUGUCUCGCGAGUCGACUAUGAUGGCGACAGAGUCGGCGAGUUUGGUAUGCUCGCGGUGGCGCCGGCGGCGCGGUCGGCCGGUCUCGGGCGCGCGCUCAUUGACGCCGCCGAAGCUCAUGCUGCGGCCACCUGGGGUGUCAGCACCAUGAUGCUCGAGCUGCUCACUCCGCGCAACUUUGUCAUGCCUGACAAGGUCAAGCUAACCAAGUGGUACACGGCGCUCGGAUAUACGCCGUGUGCGCCAAUGCCGUUUGAGGACAAGCUCCCGCAGCUGGUUCCGUUCCUCGACACGGAAGUCGACUUUACCGUCUUUCUCAAGCAGCUGAGCGGAGAGACAUGACUUGAGGCAGCGUUGCUUCCGAGUGUCGGGGGCAUUAUGCUGGUGGUGGACUAAACCGAUGGCAG